GUAACGCAGAGGACUGUGCGGUAGCCGUCAUCAACACAGUCACGUUUGUUUAUGUUUAUGUCUCUGCCCUGAGUUAGAUUGUACGAAGUGUCGUUCUUACGGAAAUCAGUGUCAAUCUAAUUUUAAAGCACUGUUUUCAGUCGGACGUCGUGACAUUUCAAGACUAUGGCGGACGGUCAAGAGGCUGAUGUCGACGACCCGCCCAGUAUCAAUUUCCCACCGCUCAUCACUGUGUCUGAUCUGCCACAUGCCACUGCUGCAGGUCGUAAUUUGAAAGAAUGGCUCCAGGAGCAGUUUUGCGACAAACCUCUGGAGCAGGAUGACAUGCGGCUCCACAACGCAGCCUACGUCGGAGAUCUGGACACCCUGAGGAACCUGCUGCAGGAAGACAGCUUCAGACGGCGUAUCAAUGAGAAGUCGGUGUGGUGUUGUGGCUGUCUGCCCUGUACCCCUCUGCGGAUCGCCGCCACAGCGGGACACGCCGCCUCUGUGGCCUAUCUGAUCUCACAGGGAGCCGAAGUGGACCUGGUUGAUGUGAAAGGUCAAACGGCCCUCUAUGUAGCUGUGGUUAAUGGUCACCUGGACUGUGUCAGGAUCCUCCUCGAAGCUGGAGCUGAUCCAAAUGGAAGUCGCCACCACCGCAGCACCCCACUGUAUCAUGCAGCACGGGUGGGAGGGGUGGACAUACUGCAGGAGCUCAUCAGGUUCCAUGCUGAUGUAGACAUGGACCACCAGCUGGGACCCCGACUCCUCUUAAGCGCCCGCACACUCAACACCCUGGUGGUUUGUCCACUUUACAUCAGUGCCGCGUACCACCACCUCUCCUGUUUCCGGCUGCUGUUGCAGGCUGGAGCUCAGCCUGAUUUCAACUACACAGGGCCCGUCUGCCAUGAGGCUCUGACCCGCGGCCUGGCUUCCUGCCUGCUCGAUGCUGUGCUGAGACACGGAUGUGAGGAGGCCUUCGUCCACCUGCUGCUGGACCACGGGGCCAACCCGGCCUUCGUGCCCUGGGACGAGGUGGAACUGGAGGCUCCUAAUCGGAGGAAGGUGGAUCAAAAGGCACUUAAGGUCUUCUUGGAGGCAAGGAAAAGCCCGCGUAGGCUCACACACCUGUGUCGCAUCAGGAUCCGCAGAACGCUGGGCAAAAGUCGUUUUAACCAGAUAACCUCAUUACCACUACCACAGCCCAUCAAGAACUUCCUUCUUCACCAGAACUGAAAACCAUCCGCCUCCUUCUACAAAGCUCUCCAACCCAAACCUUCAAAAACACCCGAGGCUAGAGCAUUUUUUAUUAUUUUCUGAAAGUUGAUGAUUAUUUUGAAGAGUUUGAAGUUUGAACCAAUUGGAGAAGCCUUAGAAAGUCCUUACUCAUGGAAACUAGAUGUACUUCUAAAUGUUUGCCUUGUAACUUCCUAAAUCACCAAGAUGUGUUCUGCUCGUAGCACUUUUCAGCUAAAAAGCCAUUUUGUGAACGACAUUUAUUUUGAAGCAAAACUUAAACAGGUCAUGUAUAAAAUAUCCUCUUCUAAAGCAGAGAAACAACAAGUCAAAUCUGACUCAAAUCUGAUUUUAGGCCUUUUACCAUCUCCCAAGUUGACUAAAUGUGCAGCAACCAAAUGUUAGAUUAGAUAAGGAAACUUUAUUCAUCCCUAACAGGGAAACUCAUUUCCUCCUUUUUGCCAAAUGUUCUCAAGUUCCCAGAAAAAGAUAAGAGUCUCCGAUAGAUUUAAUUUAAUCUGUAAUGUAAUUUUGCUUCUUCUGAUGCAUCAAGCACUUUCAAUUAAUAGGAAGAAAAAAUGCUGAAACGUGGGUUAGCAAACACUGGUGGUCUGUGUUCACAGUUGUCCAAGGUGGUUGUAGAUCUUUUUUUAGCCGUAUGCCUUAACAGUGAGAUUAGGAAAAUGGCCUCAUAGAUUGGUCAAACCUGAAAUUAUUGAUAAAGGUCUGAAUGUAUCGACCUAUGAAGGAGACUUUGUAGAAAACAUGUACCGCCUACUUGUAUUUAAGACAACUUCCUGUUAUUGAAACAUAUUUAAAAUGAUAAUGCUACAUGAUGUAUUUAUGAUCUAUUUAGAGUAUAUUGCACCAAAGUCUUCUGUGCAUGUCUGUUGCAGAGCUUUGCUACUUUGCCUACAUUUUAUAGGUCAACACGACAUGUCAGUGUGUUUGGCCUUAUAUAUCUCCUCUUCCUUUGCAAACAGUAAAUGUGCAAUAACUCUACAUACUCUGCUGCCUUUUUUUAAAAAUCUUCUCACACUACGCGGGAAAGCUUCCACACCACCAGAAAGCACAGUGACCUUCAAAAGUGAGAUCCCUGUCCACGCUUCCUGUUCUGUGAGUGACCACAAGAGGAUGAUAUCUUUUCCUCUGCUUGCAUCCUCUUCCAAGAUUCUAGUCCAGAUCAUCUGAGCCAAUAUCUGACAGUCUCUGUAGUUUAGGUUUGGUUAAAUUUCAUGAAAGAAAAUCAACACAUUUCAAUAUCCAGGCCAUGGGACCUACAUAAGAUGUGGGGAUUUUGAUCAUACAAAGUGUCAGCUCAUUAUUUCUAGAAAACCUCGAGGGACAUUCUAGUUUAAUAUGUAUCCGUCGUACAAGUUCCAAGUCUGGGACAGUUAACAGAUUUUCUUCCCCUACAGGUUAUGGAGUCUUGGGUUAUGGAUUAAAUCCCACCAUAGCUUCUAUUCUGUUUCCAAAAUGGGUUCUUAAAUAUCUUAAUUAAACAGUAAAGAGGAGCAGGCUUCAAUCAGAAGAGACUUAAGUAAGAGUUUACCAGGAUUUAUUUGACAAUUUAGGAAAAAAUAAAUAUGAAAUGUCUGUGGCGAUUAGACUCCGUCAUGACGAGGGGUAGGAUAGGAUAGGAUACCCCCCCUCUGGAGUCUAUCCUGGUGGGGUGGUGGGUGAUGGAGGUAUGUGAUGAGGAGUGGGUUUCUGAGGCUGGAUCUGAACUCUACUGAGCUGGAGUAGAGGUAACUGAGGCGGAGGGAGGUCGCAGCGAUCCCACUGAAAUGACAAACUGACUGCGGAAGAGAGAGGACAGAUUUUAAAAUUU